GGGUUUAUUUUGCAUGAUUUAUGGCUGCUACUCAGCCAAAUGAAAUGAUUCAGCAAAUAAGCAGAACGGCUGUAUAAAAGAGGCACUGGUGAUCUUUACUUUAACUCUGAAGACAAUGGCGUUGUAUUUCGCUUUUGUCAUAGCAUUUUCUUCGUUUGCAUAUGGUGCUGCAGUAACAGGUCCAGCUGAUGUUGUUCUGCUGUUGGAUUCUUCAGAUGGUUUCAGAUCAAGCUAUUUCGAAAAAGAAAAGGAGUUUGCUAUAAACUUCAUCGAACAAAUUUACAACAGUGAAAACAGAAUCGGUCUGUAUACGUUCGGGAGGCGCUCUCAUGUUCAGUUUGAUUUGAAUCUGUAUAGCAGUAUCGACCAAAUGCGGCUUGCCAUUAACCACAUGUGGUACAGCACAGGGAAUGGCAAUUUGGAAGAUGCAAUACACUUUACAGUCGACAAUGCAUUUACUGAUUCGGUAGGCGACAGAGAAUGUGUUCCAAAUAUGCUUCUCAUCUUGACUCACAAAACGGUGACGGACCCUUUAACGAUAUCGGCAAUUGAGAGCAAGCUUACCGGAAAGAUUAUUCGUACUAUUAUAUUAAACAUGGCAAACGGUGAUGCGACAGCUGAUUUUGUGCAGAUGACUGGCAAUUCUACACGUAUAGUUGACAUACCGAAUUUGGAAUCCCUACUUUCGGCAUCAACGACGAUCGCGAACAAAAUGGACUCAGAUUUACCUAGAUCUGGUUGCGGAAAAUUAACAUCUUGGGGUGAAUGGUCAUCUUGUAGUCUAACAUGUAACUUUGGACAGAGGUUUCGUUUACGGGAAUGUGUGAAGGAACACGACAGUGAUAAGGACUGUGAAGAUAUGUUGACUGAUGAUGAAGUUUGCAUGGAUGCAACCUGUCCAGUCGAUGGUGGUUGGAGUUAUUGGGGAAGCUGGGGAGGAUGUUCCAAGUCAUGUGGAAAAGGUACUCAAAACCGUUAUAGGACAUGUACUCGACCAGAACCAUUCGGUGGAGGAAACUAUUGUGUUGGCACAUCAACAGACACGAGGAACUGCAAUGACUGGUCUUGUCCUGAUUGUGGUAAAACCUGCCCUCCUGGUGGACAGCUCUCCUCAGACUGUCAGCUGUGUAAUUGUGCUAGCAUAACUCUCUAUGGAUGUGUAAUGGAUGACACAGACCAAAUAGUUGAAGCAGCAGAGAUUUACCUUGCAUCAAGACGUAAUGAUCCUGUUGGAAAAACUGAUAUAUUUGGCAAGUUUCGGGUUGAUGGAAUUUGUAUUAUGAAUGAGAAGAUAGUUGUGCAAGCACUUGGCCAUAAAAGCUUAGAAGCUGUACCCUCUGAAGUGAACCUUACACACUGGACACUAAAUGCAACCAUCGAAACUUACGUGGCGCCUGUGUUUAAUGUAAAUCCUGAAAAUAAGAUACGACUGGUUGGUCAGGAUUUUACCCUCUGUUGCUCAGCGGUGGGUCAUCCUUCUCCGUUAGCGUACAAAUGGUACAAAAAUGGCAAAGAGCUCGAGAAUCAAGGAGUUGAUGGCACGUUAACAGUUUUGUCUUCUACAAAAGAUGAUGCCGCAGUUUAUAAGUGCACAACAGAAUCAGAAGCAGGGAUAUCGCAGUCAUCAGAAGCCAUAGUUUCUAUUAAAGAUGAUUCUGUUGACUCAUGUGGUCCACCACUGCCGAAAGUACAACCAUUACCGGCAGGUUGUUUUGAAACCAGCGAUGAAGACCAAUCCCCAUUCAUUGAUGUUGGCACCUGUGGAAAGUCUGCGUGCAUGUCAGCUUCACUCCAAGACAAUGGAACGUGUUCAGACUGGUGGCCACAUUAUUGUUGUGAUGUGCAUGACACUGAAAUGGUUGACAUUACUUGCGAAGGAUUUACAUACAAAACUGCACGGGUAACAUCUUGCACAUGCAGACUCUGUAUAUAUAAGACAACAGUGUCAGGAAGAGUGACUGGUAAGGAAAAUGGUACAAUAGUUCCGAUGCAGCUGGGGGCGAUUUACAUAGAUAAUGAGGAAGUUGCAAAAACAAACAUGGCCGGAUUUUUCAAAUUCGAAGUAGCAAAGGGGAAGACAAGAUUAGUUGCAACUUUUCAUGACGGUUUUCGCAAUAUAUUCCUUGACGUCACAAAGAUUAUCCAAGUAGUUGAGGGUAUAGAUAAUCAUGUUACCAUAGUUGUUCCUCUGAAACCCGAACCUAUCUCUUUCAAUCCCCAUAUCGGGACUGAAUUUCAGUUGGGGGCGAACAAAAAUGGCGAUUCGCCUCUUGGUAGUUUACAGAUUCAAGAAGAUUCUAUCGUCACGCUAGACGGGGAGCCAUUUGAUGGUACUGCUAAAGCAACAAUGCAUUUUGUCGAUCCCAGAGACAGAGACAGUAUUGAUUCAGCUAAUGGUGACUUUGUUAGCGAAUCACCUGAUGGUUCCUCUGUUCCUCUUGAAACAUUUGGAAUGUUUCAAUUUGCAGUCAAUGACGAAUCGGGAAAUCCUCUGAAAAUAAACAAGCCUAUGGCGUUCUCCUUUGAUGCAGAAAUCUUCAAAGUAACACUUGAUGAAAAUGGAGAACCUGAGCUUGCUCUGUGGGAUUACGACGUAAACAAAGGCGUUUGGGUUGAAAAUACUAGACUACAUUUCGACCAAGAUCCUACCGGUAGAAAACUUCUCACAAAAACACUUCGUGCAAAUUUCAUUCCAAAAGAUGUUCCCCCAAUUGACCAUUAUGGAACAACAAUAAAACGAGUAUGGACUGGAAGAUAUACAAAUUGUGAUAAAAGCACUAAGAUUUAUGAGAAUGUGCCCGUGAAGAACAGUGAUGCUAAAAGAGGAGCUUGUUUCGUCAACGUUGCAGUGUAUGAAGAUUUUUCUUUAACACAGCCGUACUCUAAAGGUGAUGCAACCAUUACAGUUUAUACAAGGGAUAGAAACAAGGACAAAUACAUAGGAGUAGCUUCAGCACCUGCUAUAAAUGGACAGGCAUGCAUAGCGACAUUUUGCGACAACUGGGUCACUAUCAGUGUUCACAAUGGUGACAGAGAACUCCUUCGGCCAGCUCAGCAUUCUUUACCGUUUGGUUACGGCGAAAGAGAAAUCAAUAGAGAAGUAGAGUUUUGGGCAGUGGAUAGAGGACAGUCAUAUAAAUGUCCCGAAGGUCAAACCUGUGUCGGUCCAAUGUAUCAGCACAGAGACAGUUCAGAUUGCAGAAAAGUGACACCAAUGGAUUCGACUUUCAAAUUCAAAUUUGCCCCGUUUACACGUCCACCACAUGCCGAUUAUGCGGUUGGUUCAAAUAAUGUCUUUGACAAACUGUUGUCAUGGUAUCCUGUCUCUCCAGAUAAGGUGACAUUCCGGUCAUGCUUCAUGAAGGUUCUUCUAAAGAUUGACGACGCGUAUGAUAUACGACUCGUGGCUAAAAGUUUACUAGACACGUCAAAUGGACAAGAAUUUGGAACCUACAAUGUCGGACCAAUUCCUGCCCCUGGCUCGUCAGAUGAUUCCGUUAGAGGAGCUUGUCUUGAAUUUAGAUGCCCUGGAUACGUCAGAAAUGGAACACAUGAAUAUUUUGACCUAGCUACACUAGUUGAAGCCCAUCUGACAACCAGCGAUAAAUCAAAAGCAUGUAAACUUAGAACCCUAACCCAGAUCAAUGGUGUUACACCAAUUACAAAUCCAACACGAGGAGAUACGGGAUUUCGGUUUAGAGCAGUACCAGGCACAAAUUAUGGUCCGAUAUUUGGUGUAUACAUUAGUGAUAAGUCAGCGGACGAGGUGGAACAGUUCUGUAAAAGUGGAACAGAUGCUGGCGCAGUCCUAGAUGGGAAAAUGGAUCCUACAAAAAACGCGGCUGUAGAGUUUGAUUGUUUGUAGAAGUGACAUUAAAAACAUUUAUUUACGGUCGUAGAGUAUCACUUGAUUUAAAUCAAAAUUUAUGCACGUAUAGCUUUAUAUACACAUUUUCUUUCUGAUCCUUUACAGACUAUUUUGAUUUCAAUAAUAUCUAAAAAAAAAUUGUUGUUAUUAAUGCAUUCGUAGUUUUCUAUAUAUGUAUACAUAUUGAUCCUUAGCAGAUUAUUUUAAAUUCCUUGAGUUACACUCUAAUAUUUAUUUUAAUAAACAAAGCAUGACGCUGAACGUUUGAAAAAAAACUGCAAUUUUAAGUAUUUCCUUGUAUUAUUUUAUUUAAAAAAAUUUUUUUUUAUACAUAUUUGCAUGUCGACAAACAUUCUUACUGUUGAUUGUUCUUACACUGUCUUUCAAGGGACAUAUAUGCAAGAAAAAUGAAGCAUGCACAGAACAUUUGAAAUAAACUAACAUUCAACGUAAUGUACUUUUUUUCUUUGUUUAUCAGUCACUAACAUCAAAGGGCAUGCUUACUAUAGAAGUGACCGGUAGCCCCGUUGAACAUGUUCGUGUAUUUUCGUUUAAAGUGGUGUUCCCGUAAUAAAAACAUUAAUUUCCGAAGAAUGUAAUAUCACCU